GGCAGGAGCACAAGAGCCUCACAUCAAGAAGUCAAACAGAUCCUUCAGGUGGAUAUUAUUCAUAUUGUACGCUUGAACUUCUUCAUUUCUGGAUUUUGAAGAAAUCGUACUUCCAUGAAUAUAAAGGUUUGGUAAAUAUUCAUCUUUGCUUCAUUUUGGAUUUAAAGACUCAUCUGAAAGUCACUGAACAAAUAGCAAUUUAAUCAAUUGAGUCAAUCGUAUCCUGGGAUCCUGGGCAGCUCUGGAUUAAAUUCCGUCAUUCAGUAAAAGUUCCUCAUGGCUCAGUUCAGCUCCCACCAACACCCAGAUCUGUCAAACAGAACCGUUAUCUACAGCCCAGUAGCCAUCUGUUCAGAUCGGGACACUCAGAACGGUAAAGAGGAUGAGGAGGCAAUGGGGGAAUUUGAAGAGGUGGAACUAGCAGAGGAGGUAGGUGAAGAUGUCUUAAUGUUAACUGUGGCAGGACAGGAGCAAGUUGAUGCCACUGUGGAUGAGUCAAGACAGCAAAGUGAAAAUGAGGACACAAGAAGAAGUGAAGUGGCUUCACUACAAAACAAGGAAGAAGAGCAUGUAAAUGAGGGAACUGAAGUGGGGGAUGAAGAUCGAGGAAAGUUAGAUGAACAGACAAAAGACGAAGAAUGUGAGACCAUAAUAAGUUCAUCUCCUGUGUUAGGAGAGGCUAAGAAAUAUCAAAUAUCAGACAGCAGUGAAGUCCUCAGGGAGGAAAUCUAUGCAGAAGAAUGUAUGGAAACAGAUCCAACUGAAACAAAUAUGUGGGACUCCAGUUUAAAAGAGUUAAAUGUCACCUGUCUUGAUGUAUACCUGGGGCAGUCCGGACAUGGGAGAAAAUAUUCUGAUGGAAAAACUUCAGAAGACACGACCCAAUAUCCUGACCAUUUAGAGAGAGACUUGGCCCAACAUCUCACUGCAGUAAAGAAAAAUAUCAGCUCUCAGGGUAACUCAUGCCAAAGCAAUGACUGCAUAGAAGUCAAUACACUUAACCAAACCAAAGACAACCAGAUAAUAACCAACCAUCAGGAUGAGGUGAAAAACAACGAGAACAGAAAAAACAUAAACACCAUUUCUAAUUCUAAUGAUCAGUAUUCCGAUGUGGAGUCAAAGCCAAGAAGUGAAGCAGGUGAAGAGACAAAACCGGGAACACUGCUCGCUGUAACCUUUGAACCACAUUCACUGACAGAGAUUGGGGUUCAGGAAAGGAAAACAGGGGCCGGAAUUGGCCAGGCUGAGACUCUGGAAGACGAGGAAGAUGAAAGAAAGACAUGCCAAGAAGUUAUUGGAGACUUAGUGUUUGAGGGGAAAGAUGAAAUGGAAAAAGAAAUGUCUCAUCAGGUUGAAAACCUGCCAGCUGAUAUUCAUGUAGAACCGGGUGAGCCACAUGAGCAGGAUGUGUCUGUAGAUGGACACAAAGAUAAGAUUUUUGAUAAGGAGAGGGACGCAUCUGAAAUCAAUGAAAAAACUGAAGUUUCAUUAAAAGAAAAUACUACAACAGCUGAAAGAGGUCAAGUGCAGGGGCAUCUUUUGCAAGAUCUCAGAAUGUCUGAAAUAGAUCCAGGGGACAAUCAGGAACUCAGGCAACUUGCUGAAGAUAAGAAAGAGACUGAACAAGAACAUGCAAUAGAAGGAGAAGUUGAAAUGGGAGAGGAACCUGUCACUGUUUUAGAUGAUUACAUUAUAGAGUCCACUGAGGUCCCAAGCAUUCCAUUUAUAAGAUGGCCUUUUGGUACAACUAGUGAGAGUCUGCAGGAUAAAGAGCUUCAAAAAGUCACAGUGCACGCUGGAGAAAAGGAAGAGGAAAUAAAGAAACAAGUCCAAGAAAAAAAAAAGUGCACAAAACAAAAGGGGGAGAAAGAGAAACUGAAAGAAAAAGAAGAGAAAAAGGAUUAUCAGAUUUUAGAAGACAUAAAGAAAGACUCUGAAGUUAAAGGACUGAAGCAGGCAAUAGAGAAUGGAACUGUGGGGGUACAACCACAACCACUUUGGAAAGAAGGGCAGGGGAAAUCGAAGCUGCUGCCAACUAUGAGAAAAGAUGAUGAUUGGAUUAAAAGAGACCAACAAGGUGAAGGAAUUGGAGAGGAGGUGAAGGACUGGAAAAAAGAACUGAGGCCUUUUAGAAAAAAUAUAUUGGCAAAUGAAAGGAGAAGCCAACAAUGGACGAUAAAAAAUAAAGUGCCAGAGCUGAAAAGUUCACCGAAGAAGGGGGACUGGAUGAAAGAGUUAAAGUCAGUGAUCAAAGAUGAAUCCCAGUCCAAAAAAAAAGAUGACCAAGUGAAGAAGAAGCGAGUAGUGCUACUGGAGGAUGGCCAUUCAUAUAUACCACAGCGGGAGGAGAUGACCCCGGACGCAAGAGAGGAGGUCAAGCUCAUGUUACAAAGCCCCGUACAUCCUAAACGAAGAAACAGCAGAACAAUUCAAGAUCAGAACCAUGAAAUCUCUCUCUAUGUGAAGGCAGGAAGUGAUGGAAAGAGCAUCGGAAACUGUCCUUUUUCUCAGAGAAUCUUCAUGAUCUUACUGCUGAAAGGAGUCAUCUUUACUGUCACCACAGUGGAUGUUAAGAGAAAGCCAGCAAACCUACAGGACCUCGCUCCAGGGGUCAAUCCUCCUUUCAUGACAUUUGAUGGCGAGGUCAAGGUUGAUGUUAACAAGAUAGAGGAGUUCCUGGAGGAGAAACUGACUCCACCACGAUACCCCAGACUGGCUCCCAAACAUCCUGAAGCCAACACAGCAGGAAUCGACAUCUUUGCCAAGUUUUCUGCCUACAUCAAAAACCCAAGAAGAGACACACAUGAUGCCUUAGAGAAAACCUUGCUAAAGUCUCUCCGUCGUCUUGAUGACUUCCUGAGGACGCCCCUGUCUGAGGAGAUUGAUGCAGAUGCAGUUGGAGACCUGCCUGAGUCCACCAGAAGCUUCCUGGAUGGGCCUGAACUCACCCUUGCAGAUUGUAACCUGCUACCUAAGCUACACAUUCUAAAGGUUGUAGUGAAGAAAUACCGUGAACUUGACAUCCCUGCAGAAAUGACUGGUGUGUGGAGAUAUUUGACCUGUGCCUACUUAAGGAAAGAGUUCACCAGCACUUGCCCUGCAGAACGGGAGACUGAGUUUGCCUACCUGGACGUUGCAAAACUAAUUAAAUAGGAGCGGGAAAAGGAGAAGUUGGUUUGGAGAAAUAAACUGCCCAAUUAAAAGAAAUCAAAAGUCUUUACUAGAAGGAAAAGAUAACAUAGACAAAUUCAAAUGCAAGUUCUGCAAUGAGCUAGUUUGAAUGUUUAGGGUCAAGAUGAGGGGGGAGGAAAGUCAGAUUAUAACCAAACAAGAUCCAAUGUGAAUUUUUAGUUUUUAUAGACAGACAGAGACUUACUAAAAAUAUAUUGAUUUGUAUGAUUGGGUCUUUGUGCACUCACCGGUUGGGAUGCAUGUUCUGGAACAUGAUGUUUCUUUACUCACAUGAUGGCAGAGCCACAUUUACAGCAAAAUCACUGCAUGAUAUAUAACUUACAACAAAAAAUGAAUAUAACAAACAAUGAAAUGAAACACCUUAUACUGUAAUCACAAGUCAAGGCCUUGGUCUUUAAACACCUGGUGUCCUUAUGUUUUUCUUCACGGUUUCUUAUUUCUUAUGACUGUGAGUACAGUGGAACCCACCUAUUAUUAGUUCAGUAUACUCAUAGAUUCAUCUGUUGUCAGAUUUUUUUUGUGGAACAUAUAUUCAAGUGUUUUGUUUUGUAAAAUGUUUCAAAGAAAAUCCAGGUUGGUCGGUUGAAAUGCCGACCAACCUGGUUGACACACUAUUGGCUGGUGUUUGCAAAGCAACCCAUCCAGUUCAGUUCAUUUUGCUGCUGAUUAGCUGUACCACCAAGAGAGACAUUAUCUUUGCAGUAGUGCUAAGGUAGAGUUCACUGUGCAUAAUUUUAAGGUGUAUUAAGAUAUAUUUGGUGUUUGAAAUAUUAAAAAUAGUGAGCUUUGGGGAUUGGGAGACUUGAGUAUUUGUAGAUUUGGUGUAGAAAUACAAAUAAAAAUCCCUUUCCACACAUUAGUAGUUUCAACAUUGUGACUUUCUCUUAAACCCGAGUUAGCUCUUAUCAGAACACUGUUAAGUGUUAAAUAAAAUAUAUUUUGUAUACAAUUUAUUUGAUAAAAGUGAUUCUGUUUCUGCAUGAUAGCUAAAAUAAAGCCACAAACAUGCUUGUAGCCAAAUGAAAAUGGAAAAUUCAGUAGAAAUUAAAGAUGAGUACAAGCGUCUUUAUACGAUAUGCCUCUUUAUAAAAAAAUGACAUCAGCAAUAAAAAUAACUUCACCUAGAAUUAUUCUUCCUGAAUUUAUUUUUACAUUUUUUUAUGACAAAGCACAAUCUGAAAUGUGUCCAAUCUAUUGCUGCAGUUAAAGCUUAAGUUAUUAAAACUCUCAUUAUAUAAGUCAAUUAAAUAUAUAUGACAAGUGUAGCAUUUGUUACUAAUAUUCAUUGGUCCUAAAAUACUUUUAAUGUCCAGCAGAGAGCUCAGUCAAUUUGCCUCUUUGUCAGUUUCUGCUCCUAAGUCUGAAAGUCUGUUGCGGAGACCUUAAUGACCAGUGCUUCAUCAACCUCCGCCAGCAUCAAGAGGGAUUUUCCAAAAGACUUGAUGCAGUCUACCAUACUGCAUCAUGUAAAUACAGUAAUAACACAUUGUGAUGCAUUCUCAUUAAUGCGUGGUCCUGCGGUCUCGUUUUCUUCAUUCUACUGUUCUGGCUCCAACACGUACGGUUUGAUAGACAAAUCUUUCUUUGUUGACAUCUUUAAUGAACUUGGGAAUAAUCGUAUUACUGCCAUCAAACUACAAAAAUGUCCGAAAAAGUUUGAGAAACUGAUUUAAAAGCAUUUUCAUUCAUUUAUUCAAAUAUAAAACUGUUGGCCAAUCAGGAAAAAGGAAAACUCUGUCAUACUUUUAUACUUUGUCUAAAAUGUAACUAGAAUCAGCUUUGUUUACGACUGGGUGGUGGAAUUACAGUCAAAUCUUGCAAUGUUUUUCAGGAUUUACAAUAAAAACUCUGUUUAAUGCA